AUGGGGAGGAACACACGCCGCUCCUUUCAGCGCCCGAGGGAUGCGCCGGGGUCCGGCGGGGCGGCUCCGGGGGCGGCGGGGAUGGAGAGGGAUGGAGAGGGGCCCCGCUCCGCCCGGCCCCGGAGGCGGAGCCAGCGCCCGGCGCGGCGGGAUCGGGAGGCACAUCCCGCAAAGGAGGAGCGGGGCCGGGCACGGCAGCGGGGCGGCGGCGGGGCCCCAGCCCAGCGCCGGAGCUCCAGCAGCGGGGCCGCCCCGCGCCGCCGCCGCCGCGCAGGAUGUGGUGGGACGAGCGGGUGUCGGCGCGGUUCCGGAGGAACCUGCAGCCCACCCUCACCUAUUGGAGCGUCUUCUUCAGCUUCGGCCUCUGCAUCGCCUUCCUGGGGCCCACGCUGCUGGACCUGCGCUGCCAGACCCAGAGCUCGCUCUCGCAGAUCACCUGGGUCUUCUUCUCGCAGCAGUUCUGCCUCCUGCUCGGCAGCUGCCUCGGAGGGGUCUUCAAGAGGACGCUGGCCCAGUCCCUGCUGGCCCUGUUCGCCUCGUCGCUGGCCAUCUCACUGGUGUUCGCCAUCAUCCCGCUGUGCCACAACGUGGUGCUGCUGGCCGUGGUCAUGGCCGUGGCCGGGCUGGCCAUGGGCUGCAUCGACACCAUCUCCAACAUGCAGCUGGUCAAGAUCUACCAGAAGGACUCUGCCAUCUUCCUGCAGGCCUUGCACUUCUUCGUGGGUUUCGGGGCGUUGCUGAGCCCCCUGAUCGCCGACCCCUUCCUGUCGGACACCAACUGCAUCCUGGCCAACGGCACGGCCAACGCCUCCAGCAACCUCCCGCACAUCCGCAAGUCCCUGGUGCCGCACCACCCGGGCAACCUGUCCCACUACGAGCUGCCCAUGAAGGGCAUGGUGGUGACACGCGUGUCCUACGCCUUCUGGAUCAUGGCCCUCAUCAACCUGCCCGUGCCCAUCGCUGUGUUCUUCCUGCUCUACAAGGAGCGGAUGGUGCCCUGCUUCAACGGCAGCAGCCACCCGCUGCUGUCAGCUGACGAGCUGGCCCUGGAGACACGGCCUGGGGACAAGGACGAGCUCUCCACCGCUGGCCCGAGACCCCACCCAGCUGCAGGUCAUGAGGAUUUGUUCAGCUGCUGCCAAAGCAAGAACUUCCGAGGGGUUUCCUUCACCUACUUCGCCGUGCACAUCACCGGGGCUCUGGUUCUCUUCAUGACUGACGGGAUCGUGGGAGAAUACUCAGGCUUCGUGUACAGCUACGCCGUGGAGGAGCCGCUGGCCGUGGUGCACAAGGUGGCCGGGUACCUGCCCAGCCUCUUCUGGGGCUUCAUCACCCUGGGCAGGCUCAUCUCCAUCCCCGUGUCCUACAGGAUGAAGCCAGCCACCAUGGUCUUCAUCAACGUGGUCGGGGUCCUCAUCACUUUCCUGCUGCUCCUGAUUUUCUCCUCCAGCGUGGUUUUCCUGUUUGUGGGCACAGCAUCCCUGGGGCUGUUCCUCAGCAGCGCCUUCCCCAGCAUGCUGGCCUACACCGAGGACAUCCUGCAGUACCGAGGUUGUGCCACCACCGUGCUGGUGACUGGGGCUGGCAUUGGAGAGAUGGUGCUGCAGCUGCUGGUGGGCUCGAUUAUCCACGAUCGGGGCAGCUACAGUUUCCUGGUCUGUGGGAUGAUCUUUGGAUGCUUGGCCUUCACCUUCUACGCCCUGCUGGUGUUUUUCCACAGGAUGUACCCCAAGCCCUGCCCAGAGCUGGACGAGGCCUCCCCUGAGAAAGCAGCAGCGCCCGAGGACACGGGGCAGUACCAGCGCUGAGGGCGGCGCAGCUCCGCACAAGCAAUAAUCCGAAUUAAACAUCCUCCCCAGGCUGAUUCCGCAUUUAAUGAACUGAAUCACACGAGUUCUCUGCAAUCAAAAGCACAGCGGGUGGGGUAAGGCAGAAUCGAGGAAAUCGAGCCCAAAAUGUCGAGCUGAGCUCGGGGGUUGUGCCAAAAAUCCUGCGAGUGCCAGCCUGAUCCUGGGACUAAAAGCAGGGCUGUUUGCACAGCAGUUCCUCCUGCAAAUCGACUUUUUUUUCCUGAAAAUAAACUUUUUUUUCUCCAGAAAAUAAAACUUUUUUUCUCCUGAAAAUAAACUUUUUUUUUCUCCUGAAAAUAAACUUUUUUUCCUUCUGCAAAUGGAACAUUUUUCUCCUGAAAAUGAACAGUUUUUUCCUCCUGCAAAUGAACUUUUUUCUUCCUGCAAAUGAACUUUUUUCUUCCUGCAAAUGGAACUUUUUUCUUCCUGAAAAUGAACACUUUUUUUCUCCUGCAAAUGAACUUUUUUCCUCCUGCAAAUGAAAUUUUUUUCUCCUGCAAACUGAACUUUUUUCCUCCUGCAAAUGGAACAUUUUUCUCCUGAAAAUGAACAGUUUUUUCCUCCUGCAAAUGAACUUUUUUCUUCCUGCAAAUGAAAUUAUUUUCUCCUGAAUAUGAACUUUUCUCCUGCAAAUGGAACAUUUUUCCUCCUGCAAACUGAACUUUUUUCCUCCUACAAAUGGAACUUUUUUCCUCCUACAAAUGGAACUUUUUUCCUCCUGAAAAUGAAACUUUUUUUACCUGCUCAGGACAGAGGGUGGGAAGGAAAAGCUGCUCUCUGCUCCUCAUCCAAGACUGAAUGUCUCCCGGCUCGGUCACUUUUUAUUUCUGGCCUCUGGUGCACAGGAACCCCCUGGAAUUUGCAGCACAAUCCUGGGUUUUAAUUUAUUUUUGUGACUAAUUCUGUGUCACCUCCCCUGGUCCUUCCAAAGGGGGGGUCCCCCCGUGGCAGAGCCCCCCGGUGCACACAGGCAGCAGGGCCUGUCGCUCUUUGCACACUUAAUUCCUGUAUAUUCCACACUCUAACCAGUGUCUUACUCAGCAUGCUCAGGCCUCUGAAAUUAUUUUAAUUAAUUAUUUGCUUUUUUGAUUUUUUUUUAAUAAUUUUUGGCGGGGUGGGGGGAGGGUUUAUCUUUGGGUUUUUUUUAAGUCAAGAAUGAGCUCUGCUGGUUCAUUUUGCUUUAAGUCACUCCUCGAGCUGCUCCAGCUGCAGUGUCUUAUUUUAAUGUUGGUUUUAUUUCCAACUUCUGAGAGAGAAGGGAUUUUUUGGAUUUUUUUUUUGUGGUUUUUUUUUUUGGGAGCCAGGCUCCAGCUGCUUCACCCGUGCAAUCUCCUCAUCCAGGUGCCUUGUGUAAGGUACUCCCACAGCCCACGCAUGGCCUGUCCCAGCCACCAGGAAAGGACUGGAAUUUUUGGGGAAUGCCAAGCUCCUCCUGCCAGGAGUGGCUGUGGAUGCGACUCCUUGCUUGAACUGCUGUAUGUGAUGUACAUAUGUACGUGUGUAUAUAGAGCAGUGUUUAAUUAAAGGUGAUUGAUUGCUAA